AUGCUCGUCUCCGAUGCAGAAGAUCGCGCGUGUGCAUUUGAGGGCGAGCCCGUUUACUUCGGCAUGAAUUCAGUCGCUCCAGCUCCAGCCCAGAUUGGUCUUCAAUACUUCGCACCUCCUUCCUUUGGCCCUAGCCCUGUUGCUUACGGCCCUUGCAGACCGCCGCCAAUUUACCCUGUUUUGUUUGACAAUGCUCCACAGGGCCUUUCCUCAUAUGGCCCGCCGAUGAUGGGUACUAUGUUUCCUCGCUCUCAGCUCCUUGCCCCGCGUCCUUCGAACAUUGCUUGCAACGACCCGAACUUCUUCAUGGCAGCCUCCUACCCCGGCGAACCUAUUGAGACCCCGGAGAACAAAUCCCGUGAGUGUCUUUUUGCUUAUCGCAAAUUCAUGGACUGGAUCCACACUGUCUACUAUUCAUCGAAGUCACCCGAGGCAUUUGUGCAAGCCUGGCAACGAGCGCUCAAAGAGAUGAAGCAGGCCUUUGGACCCCCAUAUAUUCCCACAGUCUUCGUCCUCAAUCAGUUCCUUGCAGCGGUCAGUGCGAACCCUCACACCAUUCCAUGGGUUGAGUCGCUCCAGUUUGAGAGAGGUUCUCUGCCGGCAUCCAUACUAGAUGAAGCCUUCGCCGACUUCCUGGAGUUUGAGGCAUGUCGACUAGGAAAGCAACAGCCAGUCUCGGGCAACCCAGAUACUGCCGUUGCUGACGUGGGUCAAAUUGAAAGUUUCCCCAAGCAAUACUGUCCCUAUCACCAGCGUCUCACAAAGCACCCCAUUGAGGAAUGUUUUCGAAACCCACGGAACACGAAGCGUAAGAGAAAGUGGAGACGAAAGCAGGCGCGACUGGCAGCCGCUCUUGAGGCCAACAAAGGGAUCCAGCUAUGA